CCAGCCAUGGAAUUACCACGAGCGCAACUACUCUCUGGUCCGUCAUAUCAUAUAUCAUAGCCCGAAAAGCACACGUCCUUGAAGAAGUCGACCCAGGCCGCGAGAGUACCUUAUUAUCGCUAUGACCUCACUGAAGUCCACCCUAUAUUUGCCCGUGAUUAAAACUCUUCGUUCAAGCGAUGGCACUACCAUCUAUGCCGAAGCUGCUGGUGACCCGCGUAAUCCAAGCAUCGUCCUCGCGCAUGGCCUGGGCCUGUCCUCGGCGAUAUUCGACAACCUAUUUAAGGACGAGAGACUGCUGGCAGAAGUGUACUUGGUCCGCUACGAUCAGCGAGGGCAGGGCAGGAGCGGAAAGCCGGAUACCGAGGAGGCAUACGUGUCUAAAUUGUGGGCGGAUGACUAUGCCGCAGUCAUCGAGGCAUUCGGACUGAAGAAUCCUGUGCACGUCGGAUGGAGUUAUGGAGGUACUGUGGCGGUCGACGUCGUGGCGCACCUUCCACCUGGCACCCUCUCGGGCGUCGUCCUCCUGGCCGCCAUCCCGCACUGCACAACGUCCAGUGUGCUCGCGAUCUCCAAGAUCAUCGUAGAGUUUGGCCCUGGUCUCACCACGACCUCCGACGUUGCACUCUCCCGCUCCACAGGAAAGGAGCUUGUGGAUACGUGUUUCAACGAUGCCGCUGCUAUACCCUUCGAUCUGAUAACCUCGUGGUACGGCAUGGCGACGCUCACACCGCCGUCAGUGAUGAGCUUCCUUCCAGGGAGGGAGCACGAUACGACCAAGUAUUUCGAGGAGGGGAAGAACGGGCUCCCGCUGUUGUUGUUGUACGGGAGCAAGGACAAGCACGUGCACGGAGAAGUACUUGCGAAGGAGGUCGGUGAUCACUUCAAAAACCUGAAGGUGCAUGUGGUUGAGGGAGGGAGUCACGCCGCGUUUUACGAGAACCAGGAGGAAGUUGUUACGGAACUCUUAAGCUUCAUGAAGCGAACGGAGGCGUAUACUAAGCAGCGUCGUUCUUGAUCCGAAGAUGGCGAUAGGAAAGUCGGCUUAUGCUUGCCGUGCGAGAACGUCUGGAAAUACGAAGUGUUGAUUUUGAGGGAACUGGAAGCUGAUUUUUUAAUAUAAAAACCCGGUAUUUUCCAAACAUGGUAAACUUUCGAUGGCUCUGUCUUGACACUGUUCUCCAGCAUAGACAGUCGAGUACCGAGAAAAUGUGAUAGCUCUGAGGAAUAUUCAUUCGCGUCUUUGAACCCAUG